AUGCCAUCUUUCUACAAUCCUGGCCUUCAUGGCCUACCACCUACUCCACCCCAUCUUCAUGGGAACGGUAAAAUGGAACUAGACCCUCCAUUCUUCGUUACUGGUCAUACUUCCUUCCCUCCUCGAUAUCCCCAAACUGGCUGCGAAUUCAUCGAACAGUACUCCCAGGCAACGUCUUUCGUUAAGUCGGCGCCGGCCAGUUCUCACCAACACACGAUGUCAUCUAUUCGGGGCGGUCGCGACUAUGCUGCAGCCCUUCACCACCAGCAGCACAGCGUAGCUCAGUCGCAAUUGGGAGGUCCCCAGUCUCUGUAUGGAGCAGUGUCGAGUAACGUGCCAACUUUGCCUCCCAUUCGAUCGAACAUGCACAUGCCAGCCAAUUCCGACUCCGCAAUUCCACCCCAGUACCGUCGUAACGAUGUCCAUAUUCCGGCGGAAACCCACGCCAAGGAGGAAAAGCCUACUGGUGGAGUUGCCGCUCACCUCGAUUACGAGAUGGAUCAAAUGUCCGAUUUCGUUGCCGAAACGGCCCAGGGAAUCGUCUACCCAGGACAGACAAUUGUACCCCCGCCAUUCCGGAAAUACGUUCACCAAAUUCUUUCUUCGACGCGUCUCCCCAGUUCGACUAUUUUGCUUGGUCUCUUCUACCUGGCGACCCGAAUGCGUAUGCUCUCUGCAAAGGGUGUUUAUGCUACUGGUACCGGCCAGGUAUACAGAAUGUUGACCACGGCUUUGCUGCUGGGUAGUAAGUUCUUGGACGACAACACUUUCCAGAACCGUUCGUGGGCCGAGGUCAGCAACAUCUCCGUGUCUGAGCUCAAUACCAUGGAACUGGAUUGGUUGUUCGCUUUCGAAUGGAAAAUCCAUGAGCGUAUUCACAAUAAGAAAGACGGGUUUGGGGUUUGGUUGGCCCGCUGGGAUAACUACAAGGCGACGAUAUCCUCGCGAAACGAAGUUCGCCAAAAGCUAUCCCCGAUCGACACGAACAUCACGAGGCAACUCACCAUCCCCAAGCCGCUGAUGUCUCCCGAUGGCCCGAUUCCACCGCAGUAUCAACGAAGCAACACGUACGAGAACACUUGGUUGAACCCAACUGCCUGUGAAUAUUCUCCCCCUUCCGCCCCACACAGUGGCCCCAACACACCAGACUACUACUACAAUGGAGGAGCGUGGAUGUACUCGAAUCCCCCACCUCCAUACACGCGUACAUGGGCUUCACAAACAGAGUAUCCUUCCUAUUCUCACCCUCCUCGUUCUCAGCCACCAUCGUACCAUCAUACGCCGGUGUACACUGCGCCUAUGAACCAUUCCGUUUGGACAGGUCAUGGCUCAUCCUGUGGCUGCACCUAUUGUUUGAAGCAUCAUGAACAUUAUUUUAGCGGUCACACUUUUGGAGCCCUUCAACCUAUGGUUGCUGGAUGA